AUGCCGAAAAAUAUAACUAGUGAAGUGCGUGAAAUAAUAUUAAAAGUUAAGGAAUUCAUGGACGAAGAAAAACGUAUGCAAGUUCCUAUAAUACCUUUAAGCAAGGUGUACGUUCGUGUUUCUGCUGCUACAGGUGUGUCUGAACGAACUGUUUUGAACAUUGUUAAAGAAGCCCGACUUGUAGAACAGGGUCUUCUAGAUCCUGAAACCUUAAAGAAAAACCCAAAAAAGAGAGUCAGGACAAAAGGUAAAAUCGAAGUGGACGAGUACGACUUGCAAGUGAUUAGAAGAAAGAUACACGAAUUCUACUCGUUUAAAAAAGAAGUGCCAACAAUAAACAAGUUAUUACAAAUCUUGAAAGAAGAGAUCAAUUUUAAAGGUUCUAGGGAGACAUUGAGGAAGAUAUUACGUAAAAAUGGCUUCCAGUUUAGAAAGACUAAGAAUAACAAAGAAAAAGAGGCCGUACCAGAGGCAACUGCUUCAACCGUACCGCCUAUGGUCCCACCUUAUAUACAUACCAUGUUUAGUCACAAAAACUUACAGUAA